AUGUUGGUUGAUUCAGAUUAUGCACAAUCAGCUCCAGCUGACCUAAUUCGUCUCGAGUUGGAAGCGAAAGAAGUACCGCCAUCCCGUAGACUCAGAGGCCGGAUUUAUUUGUCCCUCGUUGCAUACACACGUGUCGAAAGGAUUACUCUACUCUUCGCCAGAGUUCUGAUUGUCACAUAUCCCAACGAGAAUGUUAAAGUAAACGACAGAGGAACAGACCCAAUGAUCCACCUACCGCUAGUUGCAAGUCGUUCUUAUGACCGCAGUCAGAACAACAGCUAUCAAAACGGCUACUACAACGACAACUACUAUCGAACCACUUACGGCAAUAACGCACAAAAUCCAUAUGUACCGAAAAGAGUCACAACUCUGGAUCCAGUCAGUCGGCCGCUGCAAUUCAGCGCAGGAAAGUACGCCAUCCCCUUGGAACUCUAUGUCCCUGAAUCGGAAUUUCCAUCUUUUACUUAUGUCAAUCCCAGAGCUGGCACCUCUGUCGUUCAUAGCACAUCACUACGUGCACACAUUGUUCUGAAUGGCGGGCUCUACAAAACGGGCACCAUUCCAGUCUGGAUACCGGCGAUCGGGUCGACGGACAACGGCGUGCACCUUGUUGACAAGAACUUAGAAAUGGCUGCUCCAAAAAAGUACGUUACUCGUGAUGACACGAUCAGAGCAGUGUUGGGGGAGAGGACGGACAAAGUGAAAAAGGUGGAGGCGAGAUUGAUCACCAGAGUUAACUGUCGUGCUGCAAAUUUAAGGGAGGAGACAGAGAUUAUAUCAUGGACUGAACUUGAGGAAAGGAUUGGAUCAAGGUCAGAAGUUUUACGAGACUUCAACAACAACAGCAAUCGAAACAGUCUGUCCAAUGAAUGGAGGAAGCACUGGGAGGUGAAAGAUUUCAGAUUUGAUAGCCCUUCAACACCAACUAUAAUUACGGCCGAGUUCUCCUUCGAGUAUUACUUGCAGCUGCGAGCUGAUGAUAAUGAAUAUGAGGCGCCCAUCAUUCUGGUUGACCUCAUCAGCGGACCCGAUUUCAAGCCACCACAAAUAACUCCCGAAAUGCACAACAGAAGAACCUUCACUGUCUUGUGA